CUCCAUGAUCUCGACGAAAGUCUGCACUGGUCAGUUCAGUUGUUUGAGUUUUGAGAGCUCCAAACCAAAUCAAAGGUAGUCAGGUCUUUAAUGGUGGAUGCGGUCUGGUCCACGUCUCUCAUAUAAUACAGAACACUAAACGGCCAAUCAAUUUCAAUGGCGCUUCCUUUAAAAUCUACUCUGAUACUCUUUCUAAUAGUUGUAUCCAAAUUCUUCCCUAAUUCAAUCGCCUUUGGAUCCGCCAUAGAAGAAAAAGAAGAAGAAUUUUAUGAGGAACUGUUGCUGAGGCCGUUACCUGAUCGGAAACUAUUGGCUCAUUUCCACUUCGAAAGCACAGCUCCUCCCUCUAAUUCCAAUGGCCGCCAUCAUCACCUCUUCCCCAAAGCCAUUUCUCAGCUGGUACAGAAGUUUCAGAUUAAGGAAAUGGAAUUAUCUUUCACACAAGGUCGUUGGAAUUAUGAACGCUGGGGUGGAUUUGACCCCAUUUCGAGCAGCAAUGCUAAGCCUGUUGGAGUUGAGUUGUGGGCUGUCUUUGAUGUCCCUGAAGACCAAGUUGAUGCUGCUUGGAAGAAUUUAACUCACACUCUUUCAGGUCUUUUCUGUGCUUCAAUUAAUUUUCUUGAGUCCUCUACUAUGUAUUCAGCUCCUCAAUGGAGCUUCCGCACAGCUUCAGGCAAUAUAAGGCAUGGUAUGUUGCCCCGUGAAGCUGUUUGCACUGAGAACCUAACUCCAUGGUUGAAGCUCCUUCCUUGUAGAGACAAAGCGGGGCUUUCUGCAUUAAUGGACAGACCAUCAAUUUAUAAUGGUUUUUAUCAUUCUCAGCGAUUGCAUUUGACCUCUAAUAAAUCUGGUCCACAUGGUAUAAAUUCAGGCAUUGUUCUAGAACAAAUGCUCACUGUUGUUCUCCAGCCUCAUAAUCAGAGAACUAGUGUGACUUACUCUAGUGAAAAGAAUUUUCAACCUAAUUGGUCUUUGAGUUCAAUAUUUGGAAGGAAAGUCAGUGGAAGAUGUGUUCUUGCCAAGUCUAGUAACGUAUACCUCCAGCUCGAGAGAGGUCUCAUUGCUGAACUAGAGAAAAAUGAGAAUAAUGGGGCUGACAAUGUACCUUCUGGAGGGUUUUGGACUGGACCUGGUUUUGAAUUGUCAGUUAGCCCAGAUAGGGUGUAUGAAGAAGAGAAUAAUAGGCACAAAAAGGGCUCAUCGGUCCUUUAUGAGUUUUCAGUUCAUAAAUACAGUUCUUCACAGCCUUUUGAUCUCAGCCUUAUAUGGAAAUCUCCUGUAACUUGGUCAUGUGAAUCUGCGCCAUUACGCGCUAGUAGGUUCUUGAUGGGAAGUGGAAAUGAAAGGGGUGCAAUUGCUAUCUUGUUGCAAUCUACAGAGCUAAAUGAUGCUUCUUUGGACACUUGUAGCACUAGUGAUGGUUAUAAGCUGCAGGUUGAUGUGUUCCAAGUUGUGCCUUGGUAUGUUAAGGUAUAUUACCAUACCCUUCAGUUAUUUGUUAAUGGCCAGCAGAAGGCAGUUGGAGAUUUUAUAGAGAAGAUUCAUGUGUCACCUUCCAAAGACAAGGUAUCACCUGGGGUGAUGGAGAUGGUUUUGCAAUUUCCUUGCAAUGUGAAAUCAGCUGCUUUAACAUUAGAGUUUGAUAAGGGUUUUCUACACAUUGAUGAAUAUCCUCCGGAUGCUAAUCAAGGAUUUGAUAUUCCAUCAGCUACAAUAAGCUUUCCCAACUUCUAUACCAGCUUACUCUUUCCUUGCAAUGGUUCUCUGGACAAGCCACCCAUGUUGUCUAAAUUUCAGGAAAAGAAUCCUGUUCUCUCUUAUACAGAAGUAUUACUUGUACCUUUGACAACUCCUGAUUUUAGCAUGCCAUACAAUGUCAUCACAAUCACAUGCACCAUUUUUGCACUGUAUUUCGGAUCAUUGCUAAAUGUUCUCCGAAGGCGUGUUCGUGAGGAGGAAAGACUUCUUAAAAGCAAAGCUGACAAGAAAACUGGUCGGUUUCCUGAGCUGCUUUCGAAACUGCUUGCUAAGCUAAGAGGAAGAGUACCGGAAACUCCUGAAACCCCCAAGUCAACAACGAAUUCGUCGCCUUUGGUUAACUCCAAAUUAUUGUUGAAAGUCUUGCUGGUGGUUGUGUUUGCUAUAGCUUGGCAAUACUAUUAUGGAUGAUGUUAUUAAUGCUGAAUUAACAACUUCAGUGUAAAAUAUAGGAGAGAAGAGAGCAUACUCGAUAUAGGGAUCGUUGGAAACAUUGUUUCUACCACUAAACCAGGCGACUUUCGUUUGUAACCCAAUUUUGUAUCAUUUUGAUAGUAGUCAACCUGUUUGAAAUCCAUCGAGUGACUUGUAUUUGGUUAACUUAUCCCCAUGUCUCGAGUUCACUAGCCACCUGCCUAACAAUGAUAUGAUCGUCUUUUCUUGAUCA